UUCAGGACUUAGCAGCCAGUCAAACCUUCCCUUCGAAUCGCUUGCACUGCGCAAUCUCGACGAAACAACGCAUCGCAUAACCUCGUUACUAUCGAAAUGCUUUGCAUAAACAUGGCUUAACUGGUUCACGAUGUUUGCGAUGCGAGGUACAGUCUAUCGUUACGCUUUGGAGUGAGACCCAAAGCGCGUAUGCUUUUUCCUUCAUUUGUUAUGUAAAUCGUAUCAGACAAGCCUCGCCAUGUUCCUACUGUCGCCGCUUCUGUCUCUUUCUCUGCUGCUGGACCCGAGUCUGUGCCUGGCGGUCGCAGCCAGUCCUACCGACGACAAUGCUCUGCGGAGCGGCCACGGAGACCACGGAGAGCCGGGACACAAAGAACACCAUAAGGAUUCGUACAGCACUUUUGCUUCCGAAUUCCUCGAGUCCAGAUACCUUUCCGAUGAAGGUUACCCUUUUCCGACUGCACCCCCCGUUGACCCUUUCGCCCGCAUCAAAGUGAGUGACUGUGGAAUAACCAAGGGCUGUGUCAGGUAUGGAAAGCCAGGCUGUGAUGCGGAGUCAUGUGACUACUUCCUCAGUUACAGACGCAUUGGUACCGAUGUGGAGUUCGAGAUGAGCGCUGACACUGAUGGAUGGGUCGCUGUUGGUUUCUCCUCUGACAAAAAAAUGGGAGGGGAUGAUGUCAUGGGCUGUGUCCAUGACGAUAACGGCCGUGUAAGGAUCCAUCAUUUCUAUAAUGUGGGGCAGUGGGCCAAGGACAUCAAGCGCAACCCUGCGCGGGACGAGGAGGGCAUGUUUGAUAACAACCGGGUCACCUGCCGCUUCAAACGCCCACUCCAUGUACCCCGCGAGGAGACUCUGGUGGACCUGCAUCUCAGCUGGUACUACCUGUUUGCCUGGGGACCUGCUAUACAGGGUUCCAUCACAAGGCACGACAUCGACACGCCGCCAGUGUCCGAUCACAUGAUCAGCAUUUACAAAUACGAGGACAUUUUCAUGCCAGCCACGGCCUACCAAACCUUCUCCUCUCCUCUCUGCCUCCUCCUCAUCGUGGCCCUCACCUUCUACCUGCUCAUGGGCACCCCAUAACCAUGGCAACCUGCCGCCACGAGCUAGGGCGAGCUGCUAUCUGCCCUAUGCUCUGGCCCCAAACCUCCCACCCCCAGGUCACUGUGGCAAUGAGCAGGGGUUCCACAUUAUACACAGGCAGCAAUAAUACACCUGAGAAUAUCCAUUGCUGUUUUGUGGUUUACAGUGUAUGAAAAUGACUAGACUAGAUAAUCAGAUGCAGCAAACUAUUCUUAUGUGGUGGGGUACAGAUUAGGAAAUUGGCAUUAUGGAUACUACCCAUAUUUGCUAAUCCAGUGUAUAUUACUAUAAAAUCAGUUUAGGAGGCCCUAGAGAUAACAUGCCUUAUAUGUUAAAGCAAUGCACGCAGGAUGGCUGUAGUUUUGUCACUGUUUUUUUGCCAGGUGCAUCUGCUUCCGGUAUUGUUCCAUACUGAUAUGGCAUGUCAAAUCCAGUGCCGCCACAAGUAACCGUCUGGGGUACCAGCUUGACACGGCUCUGUUUCUGAACAUACACUGCGUGGUAAUGCAGUCGGUCCGCUACCCAGCGUGUGUGGCAGUAAACACUCAGCAGCGGAUCACAAGGGGCAGAUAGUAGACUGUGUGUUGUACAUUGUAACAAGACUGAAAAGGACCAUGCUGAAAGGAACAUAGUGCAUGGUUGUGUUCGACAAACAGCUUUAGACGACUGCAAACUGACACCUGUGAUUCGGAUAGG